AGUUCCGUUUUUUGCCGUCACUCACGCUCACUAAAUGACAUAUACCUUGUAAAUAAUUAUCCCUCGUCGUAUCGACAGUCCGGACAUAUCAAUUUAACUUUUCCCGUUAUCCGACGAUUUCAUCAUUUUCUCUACAUUUUAUCGUUUUAAAGCGUCUCGAUCUAUCCAACCAUUAUCUUGCUGCGAUCUUCUCGUGCAUGGUUCUUGAAUUUUUUAAAUUCAGGAUGAUGAUCCCAUGAAUCAAGUGUUUUUUUCGUGCUCGUUAUCUAUACCCGCACUUAUCUUACUUAAUUGUUGCAAGCUCGACCAACAAUUUCGCUCGGUCGGAAUAUUUUGCGGAUAUUUCCUAUUGGCUCACGUCGAAGGUGGGGGAUCGGUGCGCAGCAUAAUCCUCUCGUAUUCACUCGCGUUCAUCUCGCGUGUUCAUCCAUGUGUUCGAUAUCUCUGCACGAGAUACACGGUCGGCUUCUCGAUGGAGGUAUCGAUGUAAAGGGACAUUUCAGUCGGAAGCGUUUCUAUUCGAAGAUAGAAUGGACUCGAAGAUCGAUUCGAUCAUCCUCGACGGCACUGUCAGUCGUUCAAUCGAGAUAGGUCUCCGUAUGAUCGGGGUUUGGCCCGAUUCGUCCUACGCUUUCCUUCAUCGCGCUUUUUGGAUGAUCACUCUUAUGAUGGCGCAAACUUUUCAGUAUCGCUAUUUCGUCGUACAUAUCCGCACCGACGAUCUGUCGCAUCUCAUGGACGGUCUGAGCACCACGAUGUCCUACAGUCUGCUACUGCUGAAACUUACAAUAUUCUGGAUCAAUCGGCGGAUAUUCCACGAUAUCCUGAUGAUGAUGGCUCGCGAUCGAAGCGAGUGUGCGACCGACUGGGCCGUCUGCUCGAUGUCGAGGACGAUCUACGUCUCGCAUCGGUCCUCCAACCUGAUCAUCGGCCUUUACUCAAUGUCAGUGUUUCUUUACGGCACUGGCGUACUCGUCGCCCACGCCGACGAGACCGAUGACGACGAGGUCGAUGAUGUGCAGCUCACGGUGCCGGCGCGGGAGUUGUUUCUCAAGAUGGAACUACCCUUCGAGUCUAAUGUCUCCCCCGUUUACGAGGUAGUCAUGGUCACGCAGUUUUUUCAUCAGCUCGCGGCAGCCACGAUAGUCGGCGUGUUGAACGCCCUAAUUGUCUCGCUGAUUCUUCACGUAGGUGGUCAAAUCGAUAUAAUGUGCCGAGGGUUGGAAGAAAUUUCCUCAGACGACGACGUGUUCGACUUGCGAACCACGACCAUCAAGACACUAAUACGUCGGCAUCAGAGAAUUAUCGCGCUAUCCGCCGACAUUGAGACUCUCUUUUCAUAUAUAGCCCUAAUGCAAUUUUUGUGGAAUACCUUAGUCAUUUGUUGCCUCGGAUUUUUAAUUGUAACGUCAAUAGGCGAUACGCAAGGCUCGACGAUGCUGAUUAAAUCUCUCUUUUUUUACGUUGUCAUCACUUUGGAAGCGUUCAUUUUUUGUUAUGCAGGAGAAUAUCUCAGCGCUAAGGGUAGAAUGAUCGGCGAUGCAGCAUAUGAAGCGAAGUGGUACAAUUUGAGUCCUACGCAAAGCCGUAUUUUAUUACUAUUGAUUUUGAGAUCACAGAGGAAGUUGACUAUUACAAUCGGAAAAUUUAUGGAUCUCUCCCUAGAACGUUUUACGACAGUUCUUCACGCGUGUGGACAGAUUGAUAUAGUACGGCAGAAACUCAGUGAAAUUACUCGAAAGAAUGACGAGCGAGACGCCACCCAAAGCAUUAUGAAAACACUGAUUGUCCAGCAUCAGAGGAUCAUCGCGUUUUCCAAGAACAUCGAGGCUCUUUUCUCAAAUAUCGCGCUGAUACAAUUUGUAUCAAAUACCCUGGUUAUUUGUUGUUUGGGAUUUCUCAUCGUGAUUUCGAUCGGUGUACCGGAUGGUUCGAUGAUGUUGAUAAAGUCCGUAUUCUUUUACAUUGUUAUGAGUUUGGAGGCAUUCAUAUAUUGCUUCGUCGGAGAGUAUCUCAGUACGAAAAGUGAAAUGAUCGGAGAUGCGGUGUACAAAUCGAACUGGUACGAAUUAAGUCCAAGUCAGAAUCGAGAUAUCCUCUUAAUGAUAAUAAGAUCGCAGAAGCACUUGACGCUUACCAUCGGAAAAGUCGCGGAUCUUUCCCUCAAGCAAUUUGCCGAUAUUGUGAAAGCUUCGGCGUCGUAUGUGUCGGUGUUGCACGCGAUGUAUUGAAAGCUCCAACGUGUGCUUCGCAUGCGCCGCUUAUAUCUCUUCUCAUGCAAAGGGAUAUACUGUCAUUACUAGUCCCAGCCAUUUACACGAUUAAUAAUCAUCCUAUUCGAAAACAAAGUUUCACAUUAAAUUACGCAUGCGGAGAAAAACAGUGGAUAUAUCAUUUGAAGAGUAUCGAUUCGCGAUAAUUUUCAAUGCAUAGAGACAAAAUUAUAAUUGCAAUAUUGA